CCCCGCGCCGGGUGUUUCCGCUACUCUCCCUGCGGCGGGGUAACCGCCUCGCACCUACUGGGCUCGGUUCCCUGGCUCCGGCCGCGGGGAGAGCAUGGAGUUUGCGGAGCUGAUUAAGACCCCGCGGGUGGACAAUGUGGUGCUGCACCGGCCUUUCUACCCGGCUGUCGAGGGCACCCUGUGCCUGACGGGCCACCACUUGAUCCUGUCCUCCCGGCAGGACAACACGGAGGAGCUGUGGCUCCUCCAUUCAAACAUCGACGCCAUCGACAAGCGAUUUGUGGGAUCACUGGGUACCAUCAUCAUAAAAUGUAAAGAUUUUCGAAUUAUUCAGUUGGAUAUUCCUGGAAUGGAGGAAUGCUUGAAUAUAGCCAGUUCCAUUGAGGCAUUGUCUACUCUGGACUCCAUCACUCUGAUGUACCCUUUCUUUUACCGUCCUAUGUUUGAAGUGAUAGAAGAUGGCUGGCAUUCCUUCCUUCCUGAGCAAGAAUUUGAACUCUAUUCCUCAGCUACCAGUGAAUGGAGGCUAAGCUCUGUCAAUAAGGAAUUUGCUGUCUGUCCCUCUUACCCACCAAUUGUCACGGUGCCCAAAUCCAUCGAUGAUGAAGCUCUUUGGAAGGUAGCUACAUUUCGACAUGGAGGGCGCUUCCCAGUACUAAGCUAUUAUCACAAAAAAAAUGGGAUGGUAAUUAUGCGAAGUGGUCAGCCACUCACUGGUACAAACGGGAGGAGGUGCAAGGAAGACGAGAAGCUGAUAAAUGCUACCCUCAGGGCUGGAAAGCGUGGCUACAUCAUUGACACCCGAUCCCUGAACGUGGCUCAGCAAACUAGAGCCAAAGGAGGUGGCUUUGAACAAGAAGCUCAUUAUCCCCAGUGGAGGCGAAUUCGUAAGUCCAUUGAGAGGUAUCACAUUCUUCAGGAGAGCUUAAUCAAACUUGUGGAAGCUUGUAAUGACCAAACCCAUAACAUGGACCGAUGGCUCAGUAAAUUGGAGGCCUCUAACUGGCUGACUCACAUCAAAGAGAUUCUGACAACUGCCUGCCUAGCGGCUCAGUGCAUCGACAGGGAAGGAGCAUCAAUAUUGAUUCACGGAACAGAAGGAACUGAUUCCACACUUCGGGUGACCUCCCUGGCCCAGAUCAUCUUAGAGCCAAGAAGCAGGACCAUUCGUGGUUUUGAGGCCCUGAUUGAAAGAGAGUGGCUGCAGGCUGGUCACCCGUUCCAGCAGCGCUGUGCACAGUCAGCCUACUGUAACACCAAGCAGAAGUGGGAGGCUCCUGUAUUUCUUCUCUUCUUGGACUGCGUGUGGCAGAUCCUUCAUCAGUUUCCCUGUUCUUUUGAAUUUAAUGAGAAUUUCCUCAUCAUGCUCUUUGAGCAUGCUUAUGCCUCACAGUUUGGAACAUUUCUGGGCAACAAUGAAAGUGAAAGAUGUAAGUUGAAGCUACAGCAGAAGACGACGUCUUUGUGGUCCUGGGUUAAUCAGCCCAGUGAGCUGAGUAAAUUCACCAAUCCCCUCUUUGAAGCCAACAACCUUGUCAUCUGGCCUUCAGUUGCUCCGCAGAGUCUUCUGCUGUGGGAAGGUAUUUUCCUACGUUGGAAUAGAUCCUCUAAGUAUUUGGAUGAAGCAUAUGAAGAAAUGGUUAACAUCAUUGAAUAUAAUAAAGAAUUACAAGCAAAAGUCAAUAUCCUUAGAAGGCAGUUGGCAGAACUGGAAACAGAGGACAGGAUGCAGGAGAGUCCCUGAAAGGUCUCCUCGCACCCUUCGCAAGGACCUUCUUGGGCCUGUGUCUGCCGUUCUCUCCUUGUGCCCUUCAGUUCACUUUUACACGGUAGCCUUGAAGUGAAGGCUUUAGAUGUGGGACCCCUCUAAUGUAAUGGAUUUCUCAAUACUGUAUGAAUAAUGAAACUUACUAUCAUAAACCAUGUUUCAUGUGGCCUGUUAGGGCCUGUCACUUUGGGAGCCGGAAGGAGGUGCUAGUCAUUUUAUUUUUACGUGAAAUAGAUGACCUAUUUAAUGCCAUUUGUGUUUCAUGCCAUUUUAUCCAAAGCUUUUUCUGUGUCCACUCUUCAAACAGCAUUCUAGAGCAGUCAAGGAGACGGCUAAUCUCUCUAGGGACUAUUUGGUGGUUUAAAAAAAGGGUCAGACUUUUAAACACUCUGACCAUAGAAAUGUUUUUCAAAAUGGCAACAACGGAUAAACCAAGGAUUUUGUGUUUAACAAGCCAUUUCCAGUGUCUUCGCCACAUAAAAUAGCCAUUUUCUUUAAAAUAGUUUUGGACUAACGAA